UUCUUUUAGACAAACGCACGUGUUCUCAGUACAUUCAGUGUUUACGAGUGAAUUCUGAUUAAUAAAUCAAUUCUGAGAGCAGAAAAAGAUGUCGACUUCUUUGGCUGAACAGCUGAAGCGGCUGCAGAAGCCACAAACAUCGCAACUUGUUGACCAUAAACACAAGCCCUCGGUCCUUUUUGACGAAAAAGAGGCUGCCAACAAGGACAGGGAGACCAUCUACGAGAUUGGAUUGAGUGGACUUGAAGAAAUUGUAGGUCUAAAUGGGGAAUUUCAAAUUUUUGAAACGACUCUCUUUGACCGAACCGCCCGGGAUUUGGAGCGUUCUGUGGAGGACAGUGAAGUCAACAGGCAACUGGACAAGACUAUCAAGAAGUUCCUCAUUCGAUUGUCUCCUUAUUUCAUGCUUCAAUCCAGCCAUAAGUGCCUUGAAUGGCUGAUCAGAAGAUUCCACGUUGAGUCCUUCAAUCAGGACGAAGUAAUGAUGAUGAUAUUACCCUUCUACGAAUCCAGGAUGUUUGUCCGCUGUGUCCAGGUGCUGGAUCUGAAGGGGGCUGAGAAGAAAUGGGGCUGGUUGAAGUCAACAAAGAAAACUGGCCUUCCGCUCUCGAAGCAAAUGCUAAUGAAUCACGCUGGAAGUGAUACAUUCUUCCUUCAGUUCAUCGGGAAGAUGGUCAUUGAUUCUGUCAAGGAGCAUGGGAACAGAUCUCAUACACUCCAAGCUCUAAUUGGUUUCUACACUACCACAAUGAUUGGGGCUCUGGAGACUGUCCGGGAAGUGACGGAAGGGCAUGUAAUUGCAAUCCUUCCCAGUCUCCUAAAGGGAUUCUCAUCAUCAGCCAUAGAUUUCACAGCUGCCUCCUACAUGAUCCUCGGACAACUCCUCAGCAAGACAUCAAUCUCUCCCAAUACCCUGGAAAAAAUCAUCCCAAAAAUUGUGGCUUCUGCUCCAGUUGGCCUACAAAUGGAUGCCACAAUGCUCCUCAUUCUCAUCUACCAGACUCAGCAGAAGCACUUCAAUCAAAUCUCUGAUGAAGCCCUGAAGACUUUAGUCCUGGCCACGUGGACUCCUAAGUGUCUUGGACAACUUGUGGCUCAGGGAGUCCACACUGAUCGCUUUAUUUUACCAAUUUUGGCAUCAGCUCUCAGGAAAGUCCAGCAGAAAAGUGAAAAUCUCAUCUCUUGCAAAACAUUCUGUGAGAAUUUGCUUCUGGAUGUGAGAUUCAACGAUGAAGAAGCUGAACUUAUCAUUAGAUGUGCCCUUAACAACUACGUCCUCCGGGAGAAGCGUCCGGAUGUAAUCACAAUAGAUUCCGGAGAUGAGAGUGACAUUGCUCUCAGUGAUAGCAACAUGGAUGUGUCCUCUUGGUAUUCAAACUUCCUGAAAAGCCUUGAACGUCAGUAUCCGGAUACUUUCGACCGUGUCAUCAAGCAUAUCAUGUCCAGCAAGGAGGAAAUAUCUGAAGGACGAAAGACAGCCCUUAAAGCUGUCCUUGGGUUCCUCCUAAAGGUCUCCUUUACGGAUGGUGAGGAUAAUAUCUUUGAGAAUCUCUACCAUCAUCAAUCGAAAUUCCGUGUGGAAGCUGUGAAGUAUCUGGUGAAGAAUUUCGGGAAGGUGACAAUCAGCGGGGAGAGUGAAGAUUUACUGAGGGACAGUCUCGCAGAGAGACUUGCUGAUGACAAUCCCAAAGUCAUUGAGCAAGUUCUGAAGCUUCCAACUGAGACACUAAUUAAACUUUUGGGAGAGGAGAUCCUUGUGACUAAACUCUUGACCACUCUGAAUCGAUCAGCAUCGCUUCUGGCCAAUUGGAACAAAGCAAAAUUGCUCUGUAUUCGCCAUUUGACCGAGCGCAAAGAUUGGAAUUCGAAAGACUAUCAUAGAAUCUUUCUUACAAUUUUCCAGUACCUCUUCCCAAAGAACAAUGACUCUGUGGAGUUGACAAGGCAAAUCCUGAAGUCGGCGUUUGCCUCUUCAAGUGCCUUCCUGAAGAGAUGUGGUCAGAAGAUUCAGGAAUCCAAGUCAGACACUGCUGAAGAUUUCAGAUAUGGUGUCUACGAGACCCUGCUGGAAAGAUCAGGUUUUCCGGAAGCUGAUGAACUUAUUCUGCAUGUCCAGAUCGACACGAUGGGAAGUGUUCAGAAGUUCUAUGCUCUUCUCUUACUGUCAUCUUCGUUGAAACAUCAAACAUCUUCAGAAACUACUUGCCAAUUCCUGGACAUCAUUUCUAAAUCUCUGAAAAGUGCAGAGAUCGUGUCCAAGGACUUGAAGAAAUCCCAUGAACUCGUUCAUAAUAAUAAACUUCCGUUGAGUUUGUUUUCGGAUUGCUUCGAAAAUAUUAUCAAAUUCACAGAUUUCACUCCGGAAACCAAGCAAACUCUCCAGAUCAAACUCCUUGAACUACUGCUGAAGGGAUUUUUUGCCAGUUUGAAUCAGGAUGACACUAGAAAAGUUUAUGAAAACCUUUUGAAGCACUUUCUUGACAAGAUAUCACCGAUCCUGGAGGAAAAACUAGAUUUUCUGGCUGAUUUCUUCAUCAGUCACACCUUACCAAAUUCUACGGUGUCUACGGAACUUGAACUUCAAGUCAUCAAACUCACCAAUGCUAUCCUACAAUCUGUGCAACUUCUAGAAAUUUCAGAUAGUAUCCUGCGAAAGUUUCUAAUUGGUCUGAGAAAUGAGAAUUCCAUUAUUAGGAAAUGUGUCUUGGAAACUUGGGAAAUUAUCCAGGAAACAUCAUCUGACAGGCUCAAACUCUUCUCAACGCUGUUACUGGAUCAAAAAGAAGAACUUGAGAUGGAUUGUGAUCAGAUCUCUCUGAUUCUCUACAAUAUCCUGGCACCCAAUCGUUCUGAAUUGAAGAAGAGGAAGUUCGUUGAAAAGAAACACUUGGAAUCCAUCCGAAAUGCUUGUUUAGACUUUGCAGGGCAGGAAGAUUGCGAAGAACGUCAUAUACAAGGACAUAUCUUGAUGCUAUGUGAGCAUAUCAAUGAUCCUGAGAUCUUAACGAAGUUAGCUCCAGUUGCUACGAAGAUCCUAAAGGAAGCUAAGGACUUCCUAUCUAUCCAAGAAUCCUUGAUUGUCAAACAAAUCAUCCUGAGAUUCAAUCAGGAUACUCUCAGAGGACUCAGCAGGAAUCCUCCAAUUUGGGAGUUCGUUCAAGAGAUCAUGUCCAGCAAAGCUCACUUAGACAUCCCGGGAGAAACUUUAGUCAGUACUCCUGUGGCUUUUAUUGAAAACUUCGACGAAGUUAUGUUUGAUGUUUUGACGGAGAAGUAUCAGGAAGAAUUUCUGAAACUCAUUGUAUCCGUGGCUAGUUUUACGGAAUGGCCAGAAGUGUCCACUUGCCUGGGAAGCUUCGUAAAGAAGAUCAAGCUUGACGCAAAGAUUCUUCAAGGAAUCCUCCAGAAGAUGCAAGGUGCUAAAGUUCCAGCUACGAAGGACAAAAAAUCCCUUCAACUAGUACCAUCUGUUGAUGUCCUGAAAACCAAGGAGUGGUUGAUGGGAGUUACACUCCUGGAGUUCAUUCAAACCAGGAAGAAGGUGACAAACAUCAAAAUCCUUCUAAGUGAUCUCUUUGGUAUCCUUAAGCGUUGCGUUGACUUUGAAGAACAAGCUCCUGUUGAGUACACCAAACAAAUUGUCCUAUCAUCGAUCCUGCUGAGUUGUCAGGAUAUUGAAGAUAGGGAGAAAGACAUUGUUUCAGAUAGUGUCUUCAAGAUCGAUUUGGUCAUUCAGUGCAUCCGAGCUUCGUACAAUCCUCAAACGCAUCAUCAUGCUCUGCAGUUGAUCUGCUUCGUGUCCUCUAUAAUCCCGGAACAAGUUCUGCACAACAUGAUGGACAUCUUCACUUUCAUGGGAUCCUCCGUUGUUCGUCAAGAUGACGCUUACAGCUUCCAAAUCAUCACGAACAUCAUUGAGAACGUCAUCCCGAUCCUCGUUAAGCAAAGCGAACAGAAGAGCAUUGAAGAAGCACAGUCCUUAGUUGUGCCAGUUCUCAAUGUUUUCGUUGACAUUAUACUAGAUGUUCCUGAACAUCGACGACUUCCAAUGUACGUCAAACUAAUUGAAACCCUAGGACCGAAUGACAAUCUCUGGCUCUUCCUGGGAAUCCUCUUUGGAAGUCAUGUAAUGACAAAAUCAAAGAAGGAACCUAAACAAGAUGCUGGAGAACUUCCUAAACGUAUUCAAGUUGCUUUGGCUAUUGCAAAUGAAUUUUCACCUGAUACAGUCCUCGUGACCUGUACGAAACUCAUUGAGCAUGUGCAGAAGAUGCUGCUGGAGGAGAAGGAACAGGAUGAAGAGAAGCCAAAAGAGUUUCAAGUGAUCAAUCUCGAAGGAGCAAGCGAUAAACAACGGAGACACUUCAAGUACAUCACCAUUCACUUCGUUAGCAAUCUAACGUCAUCUGCGCAGUUUGUCACCAAAGUAGCCACUUUGAACAGCGAAGACUUCUCGAGGAUGAAACCUUUCUACCAGAACAUUAUCAUUAGGGAACUUAUGUUUAUCGGCGAAGCUUCAAAGUCCCUCGAUCGCAAUCAAGAUCAACAGAAAUACUGGAAAGUCAUGUUACACAACUGCUACGAUACUUUGGACAACUCAAUCUUACUCCUAUCACCGGAUAUGUUUCUGGCUGUUAUCAAUGGAUUGAUACAGCACAAAAUCCUAACAGUUCGUAGGAAAGUUAUUGAACUGCUGAUCAGUAAACUUCAGCAGAAAGAUCAGUUCUUCAAGGAUUGCGAUGACAAUCACUUCUUGCAAGUUUUAACGCCUCUACGAGCAAUUAUUGACUCCAUUAUUUCAAAAGAGGACAGAGAUUCAGGAUCUGCUCAUGAAAUUGCACUCAUACAGCAAGUUGCUCUGAUCGCCGUUAAGAUCCUAUCAAAGAUCCUGGCUGAAAGUCAAACAGAAGUAUUCAAAAGCCUUCUUCAUCAACUGAUAGGAGUCCUCAAGAAGCACAAAGCACUACAAUCAAUUAUCCUAGCUUCAGUUGUUCUCUCCAUCGCUGAAAUCUGUUCAAACUUGAGAGUUCAUUCUCUUUCUGCCCUUUCGAUCUUCAUGCCGAUUUUCCUGCAGAUCCUCGAGAAGGAUACCGAGGAGAAUGAAUCUGUCGAUAUGACAACAGUUAGCAUUAUAACUGCCCUACAGAAAGUCAUAGAUACCCUUCCGAUGUUCCUCAGUCCGUAUUUGGAGAGAAUGCUAACCCUCAUCGCUAAAUUCCGCGUCAAAGUCCAGAAAAUCAUCCCACAGGAUGCCAAAGUGACAUCAAUCCUUGGAAAAAUCGACACAAUCAGCCACAAGAUCUCCUCCUUCAUCCCUCUGAGAAUCCUCGUACCAGCCGUUGAGAAUUCCUAUGGACAACUCAUUGAUGCAAAUGCAACAGAUGCCAUUGCUCCUCUCAUGUCAAUCCUAUCGGAAUCCUUCGUAGAUGUCUCCAGUAAGGACAUCUCUGCAAUUCAAACGGAACUCUCUGAAUUCUUCCUAAAAGCCCUCAAAUUCCGUUCGACAAAUCCUGCCCUAGAAGACGUCAACACAAUUGAAAACAAAAUAAUCCAAGCCCUUGUUGCUCUGAUCCUGAAACUCUCAGAGGGCUCCUUCAAGCCUCUCUACUACAAAGUCUACGACUGGGCAAUUAGGGAGGAAGAAGAUCGUGAUAGAGUGAUAACAUUCUACAGCUUAUCUCAUCAUAUCGCUAAAACUCUCAAAUCCCUCUUUGUGGUGCUCGCUGUGGAUUUUGUCCAAAAUGCCGCCAAUCUCCUCAACUCGUGCAAUCUGACCAAAUUUUCGUCACCAGAAGAACUCUACUAUCCCAAAGAUGAAGCUAAGUGUAGAGUUUUGCUAGAGAACAUCCUCCAGACUUUCCUCCAAAUCUGCACGUAUGACAACAAACAAUUCAUGACGAGCUACAGGUGCGAGAUUAUUCUACAACCAAUGAUUGAUCAAUUGGACAAUCCACUAGUGGACAGUGAACAGAUGAAGACACUUUUAUCCACGACAAUUGCAAAUCUAGGAGCUGCAGGAGCUGAUAGUUUGUGGCAACAACUAAACUAUGGAGUCCUCAUGAAGACAAGACACACAAAUCCAGAAGUGAGACUCUUGGCUUUGGGCACCUGCGUGGAGUUUGCCAGAAAGAUUGGUCAAGACUUUCAAUCUCUCCUCCCCGAAACCAUACCCUUCCUGUCUGAACUGAUGGAAGACGAAAAUCAGGAUGUUGAGCGCGGAUGCAAACGCUACAUUCAUGAUCUUGAGGUGAUCCUCAAUGAUUCAUUGCAAAAGUACUUCUAAAUCUUUUUUUUGUAUUUAGUCAUCGCAAUAAAAAAAUUCCCCUAAAGA